AACAUGCCACAGUACAAGCUGACAUACUUCAACCUGCGAGGACGAGCAGAAAUCAGCCGCUACCUGUUUGCGUAUUCGGGCAAAAAGUAUGAAGACCACAGGAUAGAAGGAGCUGACUGGCCCAAAAUCAAACCAACUAUCCCAUUUGGCAAAGUCCCCGUUCUGGAAGUAGAUGGAGUUACCAUCCACCAGAGUCUGGCAAUAGCAAGAUACCUUGCUAGAGAAUCAGGUCUGGCAGGUCAGACUCCUGUGGAACAGGCGCUAGCUGAUGCCAUUGUGGACACCUUAGAUGAUUUCAUGACACUGUUCCCUUGGGGAGAGAAAAAUCAGGAUGUCAGAAAACGAGCGUUUGAUGAUAUCCUCACCAACAAAGCACCUGAGUUACUGAAAGAUUUGGAUACUUUCUUAGGGGAUAACAACUGGCUGGUAGGGAAGUCUGUAACAUGGGCUGACUUCUACUGGGAUGUAUGCAGUACGACGCUUCUGUCCUAUAAACCUGACCUGGCAGACAAAUACCCCAGGCUUCUGGCUCUCCGAGACAGAGUGCAAGCACUUCCAGCCAUUGCAGCCUGGAUCCAGAAAAGACCAAAGACUACAAUGUAGAUCAGCUGUUCAGACUGGAAGAAACAAAUGCAUGUUUAAGUUUUCAACAUGAUAACCAUCCUAAGUUAUUAAUUUCAGAAUCAUUUAAAUAAAUUUCAGAUAGGUAU